AUGGGUUGCGUUUCCUCUAAACUCAUCAAAAAAGACAUCAACGAAGAAAAUGGUUACCUUAACCAUGUUGUUUCUCUCACUUCCUCUACCUACGGAGCACUCAGUCUAGACAAGAACAACAACAUCGUCAACAACAGCAAUGACUCUUCAGAUUCCAAUGUUUCACAAGUUUCGGAAACUGAACCAGAAACAGUGUCGAAACCAAACCCAUCACCAUCCCCAUCACCAACACAGAAAAAUCCAGAAACAGAAACUGUCAUUAACAUCAAUGCUUGGGAACUCAUGGAGGGUCUUGAAGAAGGAGUGCCGGUUUCGAGUAUCCCCAAGAAAAGCCCUAAAUCCGCACCUUUUCUUCGUGGGUUUUUGGCUUCUGAUACAAGAAGUCCUUUGAAGUUUCUUAAUCAAUUCGGGUCACCGAAAACCACACUCAAGAAAUCCUCGGGGAAGGAGAAUAAGAUUCAAGUUACUAACAUGGUUAGAGGCGGUGUUCGUCGUUUGGAUUAUAGUUAUAGUCCUAAGGGGAUUUUAAAAUCUGCAGCAAAUUCAUCUCCUAAGAAUUCGAGUUUUUCUGUUAAAGGUUCUCCAUUUUCUGCCAAAAGAAACAGUUUUGGGAAUGAGAGAAAGAGCACUGGUUCUGUUUUGGUUUCUAGUCCUUUGUUUGAACCGGAACUUGUUGAAUCCUAUGAAAAGGAAGUUUCAGAAGAGGAAGAACAAAUCAAGAGAAUUGUUUUUGCUACUCCCAAAAAAACACGAAGAGCGAGAAAAUCUCUUGACUCAAUCACCCUUUUGAAUGUAUAUGAGAACAAGUGUCCUCCGCGAGGAGAAAAUUCUGUUGUGAUUUACACAACCACUUUAAGAGGAAUCAGAAAGACAUUUGAGGAUUGCAAUAAAGUUCGAUCGAUCAUUGAAUCUUACUGCGUAUGUUUGCGCGAGCGCGACGUGUCUAUGGAUUCCGGGUUUAAGGAGGAAUUGAAGAAGCUAAUGGGAAUGAAACAAGUUCAAGUUCCGGUAGUGUUUGUGAAGGGAAGAUUUAUUGGAGGAGUUGAUGAGGUUGUGAAACUGGAAGAUGAGGAGAAAUUGGGUGUUCUUUUGGAAGGGAUUCCGGAGGCAUUAGGAGUUUGUGAAGGGUGUGGAGGAAUGAGGUUUGUGAUGUGUAAGGAAUGUAAUGGAAGUUGUAAGGUUUUGGAUGAGAAGAUGAAGAAAAGUGUUAAGUGUGGUUAUUGUAAUGAGAAUGGGAUUAUUCGUUGUUCUAUAUGUUGUUGA